GAAAGAGAGAAAGAGAGAUGGAAGGCAAGAGUACUCUUAGAAAUCCACUUGCAUACCAGGUUCUCGUGAUUCUUCUCACUCUUCUACCCAUCUCAACGCCGCCCACAGCCUUAGCGGCGACUUCUUCUAGCCAAAUAACCUACACACAAUAUAUCAAAACAGCUUGCAAUUCAACCCUGUAUCCACAGUUAUGCUACAAGUCCCUCUCCCCAUAUGCCUCCAAAAUCAAAGGAAAUCCCCAAAGACUUUGCAAAACCGCCCUCUCCAUAGCCCUACAAGCAGCAAGAAAUGCAUCCUCCACGGUGUCAAACGUGCAGAAACAGAAGACAUUAACGCGUUAUGAAGCUUCAGUUAUUAAGGACUGCGUCGUGAACAUCAAAGACUCUAUCGAUGAGCUCAAGCAGUCUCUGAAAGCUAUGCCCCUUUUAAGCGGUUCGGACAAGGAAUUCCAGAUGAGCAACAUAAAAACAUGGGUUAGUGCCGCGUUGACGGAUGACAAUACGUGCAUGGAUGAGCUUGACGGAGGCCAGAAGAUAAGCGCGGCAGUGAAGAAUAAGAUCAGAAAUAGUGUAUUGAUAGUUGCCAGGCUGACUAGUAAUGCUUUGGCUCUCAUCAACAAACUCAAAAUCUAGCUAAAUUCAACCCUAGUCACCCUAGCUACUACUUUUCCGUUAUUCCGCGCACUAUGAUCUCCUGAUCUUGGCUACGUGUUUUUUUAUUUUUAACUGCUGUUU